UGAUGUUGGUGAUACUAUGCAUGUCAGAACAGCAGGAUAUAGUGGAAAAGCAGGUUUCAAGACAGCGUUGUUUCUGUUUUUGUUCAGUAAAGGGAAGUUGAUACGGUCAUAUGAAGUAUCCCCAGGAACAGUUACCGACAUCUUGAUUGAACAAAGUAUGGGUUUGGCUCCAUCAGCUUCUUUAUUGUUAUAUGCAGUUUCUAAUGAAAAUGAACUUGUUGCAGAUGAGAUGAAAAUAAUGGUGUCUGGUCUUAUUAAAAAUCAGAUGACUAUGCAGUACAGUGUUAAAAGACAAAUGGUUGGUAGAGAUGUCAGUUUAACUGUUACCGCCGAUCCAAAUUCCUUCAUAUUUUUAGUUGCUAUUGACAAAGGUUCUCAACUAUUAAAAGCGCCCAACGACAUAACGUUUCAACAGGUCAAGGAAGGUAUAAUGGAGUUUGAUACUAGAGAGGAAAGAGAUGACAAUGACCCUUAUCCUGGUCGAAUAAUGUUUCGAAAGAAAAGAUUUGCUGUUGACAGGUUUUAUCAGGGUACAGCAGCCAAUGAAAUUCUAGAGACUGUCGGGAUAGUAUGGAUGACAGAUGCAUAUGUAGCUGAAACCAAUGAUGAUGAUAUCAUGUAUGACAUGGUUCCUGAAGCUGGUGUUGCACUUGAUAUUGGAAACAAGCAAAAUGACGGCUUAGGAGAAAAAAUACAAACAGAAUCAGAAUCAUCAAACAAAGUUCGUAAAAACUUUCCUGAAACCUGGAUCUGGUUGAAUGAAGUUACAGGGGCUGAUGGUAAAUACGAAAAUACUUUUAAACUACCGGACACAAUCACAGCAUGGACAACUCGUGGGUUUGCGAUAAGUCCUACAAAUGGUCUUGGUAUUGCAACAAAUGUUCAGGUCGAAGGAUUUAAGCAAUUUUUUGUUGUUGUUUCGUUGCCUGCAUUAGCAGUUCGUGGAGACAAAAUCAAAAUUAAACUUGUUGUGUUUAACUAUUUUUCGGAUCAGAAGACGGUACGUGUAACACUGAAGCAGUCACAGGACUACAUGAUUUUUGUAGACUCAAUCAACACUACUCAGGCUUUAAACUCUGACUUUACAGGAACAGUCCAGGUUCCUGCUGGACUGUCUAAAGGUAUAAAUGUGUUUGUCAAACCCACUACUAUAGGUAAUAUAAUGAUACAAGUCGAGGCAUUAAGCGGAACACAGGUUACAGAUGUCAACGAUAUUGUAGAGAAAAUUAUAUCAGUCGAUCCUGAAGGAAAGACAAAAUAUGGUGGAGUGCAGCAAUUGUUUGAAGCACAAAGUACCUUACAGACUUUGAUAGUCAACCCUGAUUUUCCUUCUGAUUUUGUUCCAGAUUCAAGGAAAAUUACAGUGUCUGUUACAGGUGAUAUAUUUGGACAGUCUCUUCAAAAUCUUGACUCCAUGAUAAGAGCACCAUAUGGAUGUGGAGAACAAAACAUGAUCUCUCUUGUACCAAAUAUAUAUGCUUUGUCUUACAUGGAUGCUGUGAAAAAUGUGAAACCGGAAAUUGAACAGAAGGCAAAGAAGAACAUGCAACAAGGUUACCAACGGGAACUUAACUACAAGCACCCAAACGGAGGUUUUAGUGCAUUUGGAAAGUCCGACAAUUCCUUUACAACAUGGUUGACUGCUUUUGUAAUGAAGUCCUUUGCGCAGGCCAGCAAAUUCAUUUUCAUUGAUGAAAAAGUGUUAGCCGAUGCUAAAGAUGCCAUAAUGUCGCAGUCAAAUAGAGACGGGUCGUUUAAUGAACCUGGAAAUGUAAUCCACAAGGAUAUGAUGACUGGUACCAGUGCAGGACCAAUGCUUACAGCUUAUGUAUAUAUAGCCUUUAAAGAAACGCAAAACGCAGAGAUUGCGAUUCCAGAUAGCUUCGAUGCAAGUCGUACUUUACAGUAUUUGGUGGAAUUCUAUAAGAAAACGCCAGGUCUUACGGCUUUCCAAAGAGCAGUUCUAGCAUAUUGUUUUGCUCUUGGCAACAGCCAAGUUGAGCUGUCCAACGUUUUGGUUGAUCUAAAUGGUGUUUCAACAAUUUCAGAAGACGGUGAUGUAAGAUGUUGGUGUGACUUGAAAAAAAAAGAAGUCGGAAAUCAGAAAAUGUACAGCACAUAUGAUGUUAAACCAUCUGCAAUAGAAACAGCUGCAUAUGUUUUGCUGACACACGUUAAAAAGGGUGAUAUGACAAGUGGUAGACCCAUUGCUAAAUGGAUGAUUUCACAGAUUAAUGGAAAAGGCGGAUUUUUAUCUACUCAGGACACAGUAAUGGGCCUUCAAGCCUUGUCAAGUUAUGCUGAAAAAUUGACAGGUGGACAAAAAGCUGCAACAGUUACCUUUAAAUCAAUGGGCCAACAGGAUGUUACGUUCUCAUUGAAUAAUGACAACGCGAUACUUCUACAGUCAAAAAACAUGCCGAAUGUUGAUCAGAUCGCCCAGAAUGGCAUCACAAUCGAGGUUCAAGGUGCUGGUAAUAUUGUUGCUGCUGUUAACUGGGAGUACAAUAUAAAUGUUGCUGGUAAUUUCCCAGAUCUUCAUGUCCAGGCAACCAGCUACACUGUCGACUAUUAUAAUAUAUUGAUUGAAGCAUGCGUAUGGUAUGAUGGUUUUGGAGAUAAUGGAAUGGGGAUGAUGUAUGUUGAUUUACCAACUGGCUACCACUGUACGAAUAUGGAAGCACUACAGAAAGAUUCUAGAGUACAACGUUUAGAUUUUAGUGGCAAAACUUUAAGCUUCUAUUUCAAUCAGCUUUCAAAAUCGAAAACAUGUUUAGAUGUAAAGGCAAUGUGGGACUACAUUGUUCUUGACACAAAACCUAGUUUUGUUACAUGUCAGUUUUACUAUCAGCCAGAAAAACAAAGCAUGACAUCUUAUUCUCUCAGCACAAACAAAAGGACAGGUACAGCCAGUGGCAUCAGCGGAUCUUACUUCCUUAUUAUGAUUUUGAUUGCAGGUUCCAGUCUCGUUUACUUUUAGAGUAUACUUAUUUUAAGUAUCAUUCCAUGACUCGAAUAAUAUUUUUAAUAUGUAUGUUUAUUUUUGUAUAGAAUUAUAUUUGUGAAGUAUAUAAAUAUUAUUUUAAUGUUAUUUUAAUUACUUAAUAUCAUAACACAGAAUCAAAAGAAAUAGAAUUGAAGGAAUAACAGAACGUAGUUAAAAAACAAUAGACUAUACAUAUUCUUACGACUGAUAAUCUCUAUAUACUAAUAACCUUUUUAAAAAAUGCCUCCGUAAAUUAAAAGACUAAAUACCAAAUUAUAAAUCUGAUAAAAAAUAAUGAGACGAAACCUCUGAAGAUUGAUAAAUUUUUGUUAGAGAAAUAAUAUUUCAUAUCGGUUGAAAAAAUAAAAUUUUACAUAUGGUUUUUUGAUGUGGUAAUUUAAAAAGUACCCCAACAUUAAAAUUUAUUCUUUGAAAUUCAAAAUUGAAUGGGCAAAUGAGUAACACAAAUUUACAAAACGUUGUUAUUUACAUGUCAAUCAGUAAUACAUCCAUUUAUGAUACUAUGAGAAACUUUUUUUUUAUUACUUUGAGCUGAUAAUUUGUCAAGAAAAUACUUGUACUCUAAUAUUUUUUAUAAUCAUUUCAAUGACAGUUUUCAAAGAAAUAAGUAACAACAGAUCUUUACACUUGAGUAUGUGGGUUUAAUACCAGAACGAGAUUGAUAAGAUUUUCCUUAUAGGAAUGUAAAGUAUUUCUAUCAAUUAUUUACAUGUACAAAAUGUAUAUAUCUAUAAUGUUGUUUUUUUUUUUAACUUUUAAUUUUUGAUAAACAAGAAAACUAUAUGUAUAUAUAUAUAUAUAUUAGUCACCAUUUUUAAAAUGUGUUUACCCUUUCACAAAAAGAUAAUUUUUAUAAUUUAAUCUUUACAUUACUGUAUAUUAGCAAAUCGGCGUGAAAGAAAAUUUCUUGAUUCUGAUAUCGUAACAAUAGUGACGUCUUCAAUCUUUUGACUUUUUCCCAGGAAAACUUUUAGACAAAAUAAUAUUUAAUUUAUUUGACAAAGAUCAAUUGUAAUAUAAUGCCUUAUUUGGUUCUUGUGUAGACAGCAUACUAGACAACAUAUUUGAUCAGAAAAUGGGCAAUUGGCUGUUAACAAGAUCUAAAGUUUUUUGACAGAAAAAUUGUGUAUUACUCAUUUUAAUUCGGAUGAUUUAGAUGAUAUAGUUAAGGCUUGCAUACUAAGUUGUAUUUUCUUUUUCAAUACUAAUUAGAGCUUUGUGUUUAAGUUUCUAAAAUUCUGGGUAUUUUUUCAAUAAAAAAAAAAAAUCUAUUAUUUUAGUUUUGUUCGUUUUCUGUUCUUGAUUAUUAAUUUUUUUCUCUUUUUUUCUGAGGAAUGUGACUUUUAACAGUCACAUCUGACGCAAUAUUUAUACACAAAGAUAUUCUCAUGCGUGCUUUUUUACACGGCCAUUUCACUAACUUCUGACUAAAUGCCAGUUGAAUAUUACCUUUUAUUCUCGCAACAAUACGGGCUUAUCGGGACUCUUGGCGCAGCUCAUUUGUUAAAUGUUUGUACUAAGCAUUGGUUUAAGUGAAUUGUUCGGUGUGUGUAUACAUCAUUCUUCCUUUUUCUGUACAGCUUUAUUGUUUCCUUUGAUUUGUUUUUCAUAAAAUGUCCUCAGGGUUUCGAUAUUUCAUUCCCGUUUUAUUCCAUAUUAUCUACCUUUUUUACAGGGGGAACAGGUUGUCUGAUUAAGUGAGAUAGAAAGUGAACUGUGUGAGGUUUUAUCUAUCUUUGUAUGGACUUUUGUUUUACAAUAUUGUUGUUAUAUCUUAUGAAAUCCAGUGAAAGAUAGAUAAUCCGAAAUAUAUUUUUUUAAUACAGCAAUUAAAGUCAUUUACAGGAAUUCUUUAUAAUUAUUUCUGGAAUAGAAAAAAAUGUAUAUUUUUGGUAUCAGGCUUUUAUUUAUAACAAAUAUCAUAUCAGAUCGUUUUGUAUUAGAUUGUUUAUAUUUUUAGUUCGUUUGGUUUUAUUUAGAUUAAUAUUUGUAAUAAAAAAUGUGUAUUAUA